CCGCUAUUAUUUAACAUUUUAAAAUAGAAAUCAUUUUUAAUGUUUAAAAAUAACAAAUGUUAAAAAUAACAAAUUUUUCUAAAAUAACUGUUGUGUUGCAUUUAAUUUCCAGACUGACAGAUUAAUAAAGAUGUAAAAUUAUUAAGAAAAUAUUAAAAUAAUUGUUUUGCCGAAGAAAGGACGAAUAAAAUUUCUCUUUUAUUCUUUCAAAAAGGGGAAGUAUUCAAUACGAUAAGAUAAGCCUAAAAAAAAAAAAAUAUUGGAACCCCUUAAUAUACUAUUUUGAGCUGCUUUUUGUACAAGGAUAAAAUUGUACGUAUAUAUCUUUAUUUAAAAAUAUUGGAAAUGUUUUCAUACAUCAAUAUUUAUGCGGAGUACCAAAUAGUGAUCUUACAGCAUUUCUUCAGAUUUACAAAAAGAUCAGUUAUUUCCAAAGGUUAAGAGAAAAUAAGACAUAUAUAACACAGCGAUUCUGUAUUAAUAUAUAAAAUGAAAGAGAGAAAAAGAGAAUCGAUAUAAAUAUAUACAGCUAUUUCUCUACUUACGACUACAACUUUCAAAUUUUCAGGCUUACGAUCGGAAUACUGUGGAUUAAAAAUGAACUAGUAGAUAUAACAGAGUAUAACACGAAACUAAUGUAAUCUAAUUUAAACAUUAAUUUUAUAAUAGCAAACGUCUUUAAAGAAAAUUGUGUUGUUAUUGCCUAUAAAUAGAAAUCUGAAAUAUUUCUAGUAAUAAAAUGUUAAUAAUAAAAUAAUUAUUUUACAUAAAUAUAUCAUUUAUAUGAUACAUAAAUGUUAUUCGAUUUACGAUCGAAAUGUUGAAAUAUAAUCUUGUCAUAAACAGAGAAAUAUCUGUAGAUAUAUAUUAAUACUAAUAUAUAUUAUUUUCUACAGAAAGCUGCAAAGCUAAAUUUAUUCAAUUAUGUUUUUGUAUUCUUCUAUGUAAUUAACUCCGCAUUGUAAUGAUAACUCUAACUCAGUUCGCAUUAAGAAAAAAAUAUGUAUUUUAUUCGACAAAAACUCCCUGAUUAAAAAUUGACACGAAAGAAUGUAAUCUAUGAAAUUUGUUUUAUAUGUACGUUCCAGUUUUGUAUGGCGUUAAUGUUACGAAAUUUUUUCACGAAACGUGAAUAAAACUUUUCCGACACAAACUAAUUUUCUCUCUCUCUCUCUCUCUCUCUCUCUCUCUCUCUCUCUCUCUCUCUCUCUCUCUCUCUCUCUCUUUCUUUCUUUCUCUCUCGACUCUCCAAACAAACUUUGAUCACUUUUUAUGGUACAGCAAUCAGCAGCAAUCAUUGUUUUGAUAUUUGUACAGCGUUCAAAGGUGUUCAAAAAAAUGUUAUUCUUCUGCCAUACGUAUAUACACACAUACACACAGAAAUUUGUUGUCCAAAGAUACCUCUGCUAUUAUAUUAAUUGUACACAUUUCCGUAACGAAAUGUACAUUUUACUGCACAAUAAAAUUGUGACGAAUUGCAGCAGCGAUCAUUCUCUAGCUAUUAUUUUUCCACCGCAAUUUGUUUUACUGUUGAUUUCUGCCAAUGUUUAUCUUCCGAGAUUUCAGAACAGUGAGAACCGUAAAAGGGUUUGCAACCGAACCGAUAAGACGUAAGAUAAGUCGCAUUUGUAUUGCAUCAUCGAGCUCGGUCAAUAUAUCGCAAAUGUGCGCCGUAAAUGUAUAUAAAACGUAUCGCGCCCCUGCUAUAUUUCUCGACCACCGAAACGCCAACGGAGGCGAAAGAGAAUGAGAAGGUGGAAGGGGGAGGAAGAGAGAGAGAGAGAGAGAAUUGAAUUAAAGCGAAUUAUUGGGACAAAUCGCGUUCAUCGGAUCAGCCUGAUCUCCUGAGACUGGUUCAGACUAGUCGCACAGCUCGCAAGUGUCAUCGAGUGUCGCGAUUACCUUUAUUAAUUUUAAAGUCAAUCGGAACCCCGCGCGAGCGUUCCUUUUUUUUUGGCCUCUCUUCUUAUUCACUUUCACCUUCUCGGCGCUGCCACGCUGGCCCACGCUAUUCUAAUGCAAAUUUAAAAGGCUCUCUCUCGCUCCUUCCGCGAUCACGUGCUCGCGCGCGACAACCAGCAACAACGCAAUUAGAGGGCGGCGCGCGCGCGGGGGUGGAAGAGGGAAUGUUAAUUUGUAGAAAAACAGCUGACUUCAAGUAAAGGAAAUUGAUUGCGUAUGCGCACAUUUAUGAGGAUUGGUUUGCCGGCAAUGCGGGAUAGCAGGAGAGACACGCGAAAUAAUUAACGAGAACCGCAGGAAAGAGAGAGAGAGAGAAAGAGAGUAGUCGUCCGUUUAUCUCUCUCUUUGCAGAUAAGCCGCCGUGUGUGCGCGCGCGCGCACUGAAGUGCCCUCGUGCAAGUGCAACAGCACAGCACUGCGAAGCUCUCUCGCCUCUCGCCACGCGCUUGGUUAAAAAAACCGACGUCGAGAAACCACCGAGAGCACCGGUGCGACAAUCGCGUAAUCCCCCCGGUCGAGGCGGUCGUCCGGUCGCGCGCGCGUCGUCGGGAUCGAGGUGAUUAUCUUUUUUUCCUCCCCUCCCUCCCCCUUCGCCGACAUUGUCCCUCGUCCCUCCUCCCGUCGCCCCCUUCCCAUGGGCGCGUGCAUGCGUAAUCAAAUCGCGUGGCUUGCCUAUCAGCGAAGUCGGUCGCGCGAUAUCGGGCGCGCAUGUGUAUGUAUACGUUGCACGUACGCGUACUACGCUGCACUACGCGCAGUAGUUCGGCCGGAGUAGUACGACCAAGUACGACAACGGUGCGUCUUGUCGUUAGAACCGUGUGACGUCGGUGGCAGGAGGACGCGUUUCGCCCCGGGGGGUGUUGUGUGCGCCGUGCGCCCGUGUGCGUGUGUGUUCGGUGUGCAGUUUUCCUCAGCUCGGCCAGAAAGGGGGGCGGCCACCAUCAGGACCGAUCGACCAAGCGGGCAGAGUCCGGGGACCGACUCUCUCGCCCACGACGCCGAGGAAGGCGCGGGAUUCAGCGCGACGUCGCCACGCGACGGAAAUAACAGCGGUCGCGCCGUGCGACCGAGGGGAGGGACGUGGAACGGACGAGCGAACGACGAGUGAACGAGAAAAAUUGGAGAGACGCCCGUGUGUGCGUGAGAGAAAGAGAGUGAAAGAGAGAGAGAGAGAGAGAGGGGGAAGGAAGGAAGGAAGGAGAGACGCAGCGCGCGCGCUAGGAGCGCGAAACAUCUGAUCGCUCGACGCGGACGACGCCCGACAGCAGCCUCGCCGCCCGGUGGAUUGACGACAGCUCAAGAGAGAGAGAGAGAGAGAGAGAGAGAAAGAAAAAAGAAGUUAGGUUAGGUUGCAAAGGAUGUCGGUCGAGGCGCGUCUCGUCGUCGGGAACGGCGAGCAGUGCUAACCUAGAGGGCAAGGAGAAGUGAGAUUUACACGAUGAUCCUUGGCGUUCCGAGUGCACGAGUGUCCGAGGGAAAAAGGCCCACCGCCGCCGCCGUUCGCAGCAGCUCAGCAGUGCAAUAAGCAGCGUGCACUUGGACGACCUGGGGGGGGAAGGGAGAGAGGACGCGCGGUGUUCGCGGCAUGUUAAGUCACAUCAGAGAGUUUUUCUGUGCGGUGCUAGCGUAGUAUUCGUGCGCGAACCUAGCGAACCUAUUACUCGGGACGAUUGUUCGCCGAAAACGUUAGAGUAAGGGGCGGAGGGGGUGCGUGUGGGAUGAGUCACAACAAUUUCGGAGGCCGAGGAAGGGGCUACGGGGGACCGCAGCAGGGCGCCCGGGGCGCGCGCCGCUUCGGUCGACCCCGAUUCCCGCGUCCACCCUUCCGUCAUGCGGCUCCGCCACCGAGGCCGCCCGCGCCGCCGUUCCCUGGUAGCCGCAUGCCCUGGCAGCAGAACAACAUGUUUUUCCAACCCCCGCUGCGAGGGGGCGGCGGCGGCGGCGGCAACGGUCCGCAGUUCCGACCUGACGGCAGAGGGAGGCGAGGAAGGUUCAGCUACGACGUUAGGUACCUCGCCAACAACAAUAAUCGGCCCACGGAGUGCGAGGCGACCGCCAUUCAGCUGGGCACCGAGCCGAUACCACAACUGCCGCUGCUCGGCUCCGAGGAGGAGCGCCAGCAGAAGAUCACCGAGACGGCGGAUCGGUUGAAGCAGAAGCUCUCUACCCUUAGCGUCGGUGGCGAGGAGGAGGAGGAGGAGGAGGAGGCGACGGAUACCUGGAGGGAGGACGAGAUGGGUGACGAAGGCGCGGCGCCGCCAACGUCACUGCUGCCACCGCCUAGCGGCACCGUCGAGCCGGACGACGCAGACAGCAGGCGUAUCCCACUGGUCGGCUACAAGUCGUCUGAGAUCAGUCUGACGUACAAUGAUCUAAAGGACAUUGGCAAGAUAAAUAGUAAUCCUAGCAGCACGCCGGAAUUCGUGGACGACGUGCAGUUCGGCACAGAUGUAUUUGAUAUUACGAAUAACGACGCGGAUGGACCUCAUUUAACGGAGAUGACCGAGGAUUUGAUACCUAACGAUCAAAUAAAUCUGGAGAAUGCGCCAGAUAACGGUUUUAUUGAAUUGGACACCUGGGAGCUUCACGAACCGAUUGUUGACAAUUGUUAUAAUUUCGUGCAGUCAGAUUUACAGGGGGACAAUACCAUCGUUAUUGAGAGCGAGCUGUUAGAACCGGAUCUUCAGCAGCAGGAGUACAGCGUUCCUUCGACUGAGGUUUUACAGAAUCAGGACGACCAGCAACAGGAUAUUUCGCAUGAAAUCGAAAUGCAUCCCGCAGAUGUAGACAUAGACGCUGCAAGGGAGGUGGACGAAUCUGAAACACAGGCUCCGAAUUUAUUACAGACUACCUUUAUUGCAGACCAGGCGGACCAGGACACGGGAUUAUGGAACGACACGUCUGUACCAAACGAGGAGCAGAUUAUUAGCGCGGAUUUAGAGGUACAGGAGAAUGUAGUCUUGAGUUGCCACGCGGAGAAUUCGAACGGCAGUAACAAUUGCGCGAUGAUACAACCAGCUUUGACUGACGCGUCGGCGAACAACAACAACGUUGCGUUGGACAGCCAGCUGCCGACAGCUAUAAACGAAAAUUUCCACGGCGACCCGCCGAACCUGUCGCCGCACAUCGAGCAGGAGAAGCUGCCCGACGAUUUCGAUCCCACUACGCCACCGCCGAUGUUGCUGAAGCAGGAUCAGUCGCGUAUUCUACCUCUGUACCCGAUUCCAGCUGACUUGCCGCCGUUGUUCGAUCCUACGGCGCCGCCGCCGAUCAUAACGGCGCCGCCGCCGAACAUUACGGCACCACCGCCGAACAUUACGGCACCGCCGCCGAACAUUACGGCGCCACCACCGAACAUAACGGCACCACCGCCGAAUAUAGCGGCAUUACCGCCGAACAUAACGGCACCACCGCCGAACAUUACGGCGCCCCCGCCGAACAUAGCGGCACCACCGCCGAACAUAAACUGCCUGCUCGGGUCCCACGAGGACGCGAAUCCCGCCUGGAGUAAUCAGGUUCAAGGUGCGCCGAUACCGCCUAUUCCCUACAACAAUGUGGACGUUCACAUGGGCAUGGGCACGCACGGGGGAUUCAUACCUCAACCGUUACCGCUGGAGAUGGCCGGUCCAGGUAACGUUUUCAUGCCACCACCUCAUAUCGAGCCAGUAAGUUUCUCUCCGAUGUUUCCUAUACCGUCGGCAGGCGGACAUUCCGACAUCAACAGCGCGUACGUUCCGCCAGAAUUGACUCCAAUGCAUGCGGCGCCUUGUAACACUUACGUACCUCCAAUCUCCACUUUACCACCGGAGCUUUCUCUGCCCUCUGAUUUGCAUUGCAGCGUAACGAGCAAAGACGACGGUCUGAAUGACAUGCAGGAAGCGAUGAAAUUCGCAAAGGAGAUGGCAACUAUAACGGGAAAAACGGACGAGGAACCCAAGUCGAGCUCCAAAUCUCUUUCGAAGACUACUAGCACGCCAACUAAUAAUCCUGUUAGCGAUAUACUUUCUAUAGCUUUGCCUCCAGGGAAACCAAAAACUAACAAGCCGAAAAGAAAAGAUGACAACAAGAAGAAAAUGGUACCUGAGGAACAGAGCGGAGCGGAUCGUCUGUCAUCGGAAGAAACACCAACGCAGGAUACAAAUCUAAAAUCCAACGAUAUAGCGUUGAUGCAAGAGCAGGAUCGUCCCAAAGUAGCAUUUAAUUUGAAUAACAAAACGAAAAUAAAUACGAAGGCUACGUGGCAAGAGAGCAACGAGAAAAAGAACGGUAUAACACAAUACGUGGAGUCGGAAAAAGCACGCGCAGCGCAUUCUUCGAAAACUAAGAAUUUCGAAAAUAAACUGAGGCACGGUAGAGAGGAGAGAAAAAGUUUGAAGAGACACGAUAACAUUUCUGAGAUUGCAGCAUUGUCCGAGCCACCGAUUGCGAGUCAAGAUGAGCAAACGUCGCCUCACAGACAGCCGCAGAGGAAAAUCGACAUCCACGCGGAAAAAUAUCAGCGCUCUAGCGUUUCACCGCAUCCGAAGGUCAACGUGCAAAAGUCGAGGAGUCGUGUAGAGAAGAGCGAAAGCGUUGACACGGAGAUUUCGUGGAAGAACAAAAUUAUCAGCCGAUUCUUGAAGAUGAGCAAGAAUGAUAUCUACAACAUGGUAAAUAAUACUAGUCUUCGGAAAUUCGAUAUUAUAAUGAAGCGUCUAGUCAAAGAGAAGAAGCCUACGUUGUCCUUGGAGAUGAGGCAAGCGCAGGACGAGAAGAUGAAAUUAUACGACCAGCAGGAAUUCAUGAAGCAGCUGAACGCGAUGCUGGACACCGACGCUGUCGUGUCCGUCACGGAUUUGCCUACGGAGUUCAUCCAUCAUUUGAACGAGGUGUUACAAUUGGACGUGCAGCCAGACAAUCGCGCCGAGCAAUCCGCUGUAGCGUCGAGUAGCCAGUGCCCGGAUCUCUCGGAAGAUGCGAAUCAUGCAUUCAGCCCCGUAACCGACGCCAGUAUGCGUACAGAAUGCGCGAAUAAAGCAACAAACGAAGUUAAUCAGGAAUGCGUUAGGACCAGAAGUCGUACAAGGAGAGUCUCGCAUAGCAAGGAUGUGCCACAAGCACGCAAUACUAACAGUAACAGUAGUAACAAUCUCAAUUUUAAAGACGACAAUUGUAAUCCUAUCGCCGAAACUGACGUUUUGAAUGAUAAUCGCGACUUGCUAGUGGUAAGCCUGCAACACGAUUUGGAUGAUAUAUUUUCAGAGGUGACGAAGAAAAAUCAAAAACCGCCUGCAGCGGUAAAAGAGCGCAAGCGCUGCAGCACGGGGCAACCGAAAUCACACAGGUUCGACGUUAGCGCGUUCGCGAGAACCGUGGAGAACGAGGCGUUCCUAGAGAACGAAAAAGCACACAGACUGGAGAAUUACUCGUACUGGGACGAGAGAUGCGACAAGUGGAAGAGAAAGGAACGGGAGGACCCGCACGCGUACAGAAAUCUCACCAAAGAGGAAUGGGAAGCGAGAUACGGCAUGCAGACACCGUUUGUCAAUACAGUACCAACACCCUCCGUUAGUACAUCACCUUACGUGAAAUCGACACUUUCUGCGAGAUUAACACCUCUCAUUAAUCCAAGAAGGACCGAUGUUAACAAUAAAAAAUUACACACGAACAGAGAACGUAAAAAAUGUCACCCGCGACGUCGCCAUUCGUCCGAAUCUUCACGGCACCCGCCGAACACGAGACACAGAAGCUUGGAAAAAGAUAAGCAUAAGAAAUCUAGACGACACAGCGACGACAGACACAAUACAGAACACAAUAUAGAACACAAUAUUGAACAGAAUAUAGAAUAUUUAGAAUAUAAUAUUAAUCCCGACGAUAUCAACAGCAGUAGCAGCAGUAGCAGUAGCAGCAGCAGCAGUAGCAGCAGCACUACCACCACCAGUAGUAACGAUAACAGCACGAACGUUACUAAACUGUUGAGAGUGAUAAAGGAGAAUGAAAAAGUAGCCAAGAAGAUGACGUUGAACGAGGCGAUAAGAGACGAGGUGAAUGCCGAGAUCGAGCGGGAGCGGAAGUCGAAGAGAUCGCGGAAGAGCCGUAAGAGCUCGAAGAACCGAAAGCACAGGAAGACGCACAAGAGAAAAAAGAAACAGAGCAAGAAAACAAUGAGCUCCUCCGAUUCCUCCUCGGAGAAAGACGACAACGAGGAAAAUGUAAACGAGGAAGAAACGAUCGGUAGACUGCUAACGGAAAGCGAGAUCAAGAAGGAAGUGGAAAGUCAAACGAUCACUCAAGAGGUGAUUGUCAAGGAGGAACUGGAUAUCUGCCAGGAGGAGAACACCAGAGAUACGAAUAAUUCAAAUCUUGAAUUUGCGAACACCUCAAAUCCCAUGGUCGUGAGAUUGGAGGGAAACAAGGCGGCGUAUUUGCCUACGGCCGCGUCGCAGACGCACAACAGAUUGCCGGAGUCUCCAUCGGCGCAGGAGAUCCCGCUGGCGACCAUCAGCGCCACGCAGCUGCACGCCGAGGAUCGGCUACCGACGGCUUCCCCGACGCAGCUGAAGACCAAGGCGCAGCUGAAGCAGAUGCCGGAAACAUCCGAUAUGAACGAUAACAAGGUCACCCUGAAAUCCAACGUGUUCACUUCCAUACUGGAGGAUUUGCGUAAACUCAAUUCUCUGAAUGCCACUGAAAGUGCGGAGGGCUCGAACGAACCCGGUCAAACAUCAUCGUCAUCGACUCAGCCCGACGUCGGAUGUAGUCAGGAUAAGGCUGUUCGACAGUCGAUGGUCGACAGUUCUACGAAUCAACGAACCGAAACUAGCAAUAACGCCGCGCCCGAGGCUAAUAAAAGUGCGGCAGUACAACCGGAUGCAGCGGUGUCCAAUUCCACCGAGACGUCUCCCAAAAUACAAGACGGUAAUGAAAUUUCAGCUGAUAAAAACGUAUCGAAAGUAUCAGCAGCAGCAGCAGUAGCAGCAGCGGUCGCUGCGUCAGCAUCGCCGGGGUCGAGUGCUUCGCCUACCGCGAGUCCCGCGGCGAGCACUGCUCGGAAGCAGGGAGGCAGCAAAAAAAUUGAUAUAAAGACAUACUACGAGCGCACGAAGGAGCGUCGCAUGAACGAGAAGCUGGAGCCGAAGAAACCCGCGGAAAAGAGUCCCACGACGUCGACGCAGAAUUCAUCGACACCGAAGACCACGGAGCCGGAAGUUACGCCGAACAAACCUGCACCACCAGUCACCGCGUUGCCUACGUACAGCGGCAUUCAAGAUCCGCGAAUCGCGGCGAGACUAGCCGCCGCCGCUACAAACGCUUUUAACGCUUUAAACGCUUCAAAUGCUUCAAACGCUUCAAACGCUUCAAACGUGAGUACGAGUAAUAAGGACGAAAAUACGCAGAGGGUAAAAAAUGCUCAGCAAAAAGAGAAACGAAAUGCAAAGGGACCCACGGUCACCGAAUCGGCGCCGAAACCUACCGAGGAGAGUUCAAGUCGCAUCGUCAAGAGCGAUAACGUCAUCGUUGAAAAAAUUAAUCCUGAUAAAUCAAAAAGUAGAGCGUCUGGCGCUAACACCGUCACCGUACUGUCAAACAUUGUUUUAACUCCGGCCACGAUAACAGAGUCAAAAUCUAAGAAAGCGAUUAACGAUGAUGCGACAGACAAGAGCAAAGCUUCGUCUGACCCUAAGCGAUUUAAAAACAUACGAUCGGAAGGCAGCAAGGAGCUGAAACUGAAGAAGGAAAUUGCAAAGGAGCAGAAAGAGAAGAAAAAGAAAUCCGCGACGGUGUCCGUCAGUCAGAUCCCGAAAGAGGUGUACCUUUCUCUGAAAGAUGCGACGAGGGCGGAAAAAACGGCUCAGGAGAAGAAGGCCAAUAACACCGGCGACGUAAACAAAACGGAAAUUACCGAGCAAGCACAAUCGAGUAUCACUCGCGAAAGUAAACCGAGCAUUAGUGACGCGAAAACGGAACCGUCGACGACAGUUUCCGCGGGUAACGCCGGUAACGGCGAUAAUGAAUCGCCGCGCGAUAUCGCGAGGACGAAGGAGCUUUCGGGAAGCUCGGAAAAGAUUCACGAUCGGGGACACGCCGAGAAAACCGCGAGUAACGUGAACGCGCGCGAACAUUCUUCCAAGACCGCGCGAAGCAAAGAGACCCGCGCCAUGAAACGCACAAAACGUACCGCGACCGCGGACAAGAAGAAGAGUCAGGACGCGCGGGAAAUUCUCAACGUCACCCCCGAGCUCGACGCAUCGUCGACGGCUUCCAAAAUUCCGCGAGUCUCCGAAACCCCGAGCAAAACCGAAAAGAUAAACAAGGAGGAUCCCUCGACGACGUCGACGAAGACCGGUAUUCGACAGUUUGAAAAUACGACGAAAAACACGACGAAGGAACUUCCGCCGAACAACGCGAACCAAAUUGAAGAAACUAAUAAUAUAGAUCGAUCGGACGAAAACACGAUUGAGCGCGAAAUGAACGAAUUGCAUAACGUCUCGCGAAAGAAUAGCAUCGAUGCGGAUAGCAAGGAGGAUAAUAAACUCUUAAUAAACAGCAAUAUUGAAAUCAAUAAUAUUAAGGAAACUAGUAUUAAAUUAGAUGAAUCGAACGAUAAGUCUUCAGCGAACGAGAGUAAUAUUACGCCGAUUAAGAAAGCCGCCUCGGCUUCUAGCGAAAAUUCUCUUCAGCAGGGCACGGGGGGAGACGGCGUCGUUCUCUCCCCCGAGAGCACGGGCAGUCCGUUCAAGGGCUUCCUUCAGGAGAGCAUGAUAGACUUCGUGCAACCGAACCUGUUCGGCCUCAACGACGAGAUCGACGCCGAUAAAGGCAAGAUAUUCCUGGACGACUGCAACGUGGCUUACGUUACCACCACCGGAAGCAAGGGAGACCAGAGGAUCGACGACGGGGAACGGCAGGAUUGCCCGAUGCUGGAACCCGAUGCGAAUUACGCCAACGACGCGAACAUCGGCGUCAAUGAGAAUGAAUUCAAUAUUACGUUCGGUGACGACGACGCUUUGCUCGCUUCGGAAGAUAAGGAAUGCGCAACGUUGAGCGAGAAGAGCGAUAAGUCCGAUAGGCGCAGAGACGAGGGUGACGUAACAAAAUCUUCCGGCGAGAUAGCGAGCACAUUGCACGCUGACGAGGAGGAUAAAUAUCAACAUAAUAGUAUCAACAUCGUUGGCGGCGAGACGGAAAGACAGCUACUGACCAAAGAGAGACGCUACUCGUGCCUGAAGGAAUCCAUGUUCAUUAACGAGGAGGAAAUCGUUCAGGGCGAGACUCGCACGAGGGAUCUGACGAGCAAGCUCAAGACGACGAGCGACCCGAGCCUGUCCGACGCCCUUGACGCGGCGGCGAUUUCGGACGACGCGCUGCACCCGCCGACGGCGGAGACGGGCCAGGAUCUGGAAGCGAAUAUGAUAUGCGAGCCGGAAGAGAAGACCGACAAGUUGCCGGGUGUCUUCGAUUCCGACGGCCACCUGGACAACGACAUGUUCUACCUGGACGACCGUCUGCCGAGCGCCGCCGACGUCGUCGUGCACGACGACUUUCCUUCCGUCGUCGUCACGGACAACGUCGCGGACGAGCCGGCGACGAUCGCGCUCCACGCGAACGACUCGCCUUCGAAACCGCCGGAGAGCGUCGAUUCGCCCGCGGCCGACGCGCCGCGGACGCUCAACAUCCCGACAAAGGCCGCGCUGAAGGGGGACGCGACCGGCUUCUUUUUGAAAGCCCCGUGUGAUAACAGUAUACCCGUCGGUACAUUAAUCGGUAAGGAAGUGACGCUUGGAAUGUCAGAUAAGAGCGAGGUUAAUCCACCGGCCUGGCGCGGCGCGGAGAACAAUAACAUGAAAAAACACUCGGCCGAGACCAAUCGCCAUCACGGUGACAACGGCGCGGGCGCAGUUGCGCAGGAUAACGUGGCGGGUGCAGGCGCGAUAUCACCGGCGGCGCAGAGUAACACGUGCGUGCGGAAUCCCGCCGAAACGACGAUGCCCGCUGUGAACGUCGUGGAGAAGCGUAACCCGCACGGCGGAAUGCUCACGCCGGUCGUGGAAUUGAAGAAGAUGAAGGAGCUGGACGAGCUGCUGGCGCAGAAGACGCAGCAGCAGCAGCAACCACAGCAGCAGAAAAAGAGUACCCCAAAAAGGCUGAAAAAGAGCGUCUACGAAGGCCAGCGGAAGCAGCACAACGGUACGAUUCUGCACAAGCUGCAGGACCAGUCCAGACGGAUGAAAUGCCAGUCGAGGAAGAGGACGUCGCGUAGAAGCAGCCUGAUAAAGCGGCUGAAGAAGAUGAAACGUACCGGCAAGCUCGCCGCCGGCGUGGUCACGCGCGAGAACAUCAUCGCGAGGAUGCUGGAGAUCGACGUCGAGAUGCACAAGCUCGCGUCGGAGAAGCUUAAGCUGCACGAGAUGCUGCAGAACAACUUCCCGCCGACGCCGGGGAAUUCCGUCGCGUCGACGGAACCGAAGCCUGGGGGACUGGACGGCACCACCGGUCAGUCUCAGGAAACGACGUUACCAUUGACAUUGGUGGCGGUGGCGCAGGAGAACGUCGCUGAGCCGACGAGCCACGUGACGGACAAGCACGGCACGCCGCCAUUGAGAUCCUCGCCGAGGAAGAGAGCCCUGCCGCCCAGCGCGGAGGAUGAAGAGAUUGUAGGUUAUACGCAGCGAUCGAAGACGCCGGUGAUCAGAUGGAAGAAGAAGCCGCGGUUAGAGGAAGUGGUUAGACGGGAGGAGGAGGAAGAAAACGAAGAGGAGGAGGAACAGGACUUUGACGAGGACCUCGAGGAAGAACAGCGGCCGGCUUCAACUUCCGUGAGUAAAAAAGUGCAAAACGACGAUUUGAUCGACACGUUUGAAGAUGGCGUUAAGAGAUCGAACGCCGCGAUAAAAGACGAUGAGGUGCGCGACAAGAAAACCGGUGUCGAGAGACCUGGCGAGGAGGAGCCCGCUUGCGACGCGGUCCGCUCGGAGAAAAGCGCGGAAGACAAGCCGUCCACCGAGCGUAGCGCAAAGCCUCUCGAAGUCGACAAGCGAAACGAUGAAGCGCUGCCGAACGAACAGUUAGCGAGCGGACAGGUGCGCCCCACGCAGGCGACUCCGUCCAUCUACACCGACGAUAGCACGUGGGAUUCUCUGGUGCAGAACACCGCGUCGGAGGUGCACGAGAGCGAGAGAAAGGCGACAGGUCUCGUCCUGCUGGACGAGUCGCUGAAGAAGGAGCUGGCCAAGUCGCGGAAGAUUGAGGCGAUUGUGCGCAAGGAGAAGAAGAAGCAGCUGGACAACUUCCUCAGGACGGUCAAUAAUCUAACGACAGAAGAGGAGGAGCUGCCAUUGUCCAAGUUGUACAUUGAGAAGCUGCAGCAGAAGCGGGACCUGCUCGACACACUCAGCCAGAAAAAGGACGACACAGAGCUCACGGUCAAUCCGAGCAUCCUGCAGAACACCGUGGACACUACUGCCGUCGCCGCCGCGACCGCUACCAUCACUGUAGCAGAAGACAAAACGAAUGAAGAUCUUUACGAGCCGCAGUCGGAGGCGCGAGCUUCCGACGAUGUCCCGGCGACGAUGUCGUCUGACGUCUCCCCCACGGUGGCGUUGCAGCUCGAUGACAAACAUCAGUUCUACGUUGACGCCGAAGCGAACGCCAAUUCAGACUGGCCCUCCCGAGAGAAAGAGGAAAACGUAGAAGAGGUCGCAUUGAGGCAACAAGACAGCAACGACGCACCCGGCGCGGACGGAUCGAAUCACGUUUUCAAGGCGGUGACCCAGGACAAGGUAUCCUUCUACGAGGAACAUAACGUGGAGCCGGACAGCAGCAUCACCCCCGAAGAGACCCUGGUCGAGAACCACUCGUUGGACUGUGAGCGCGACCAUUCGAAGGAUUCCAACAACGUCAGGUCGCACGAUUUUGACGUUAAAGUAUCUGCUCCUACGGUUCUAGUAAAGGAAGAUUUCAGCUUGGGUAUGUUACAGAAAGUUACAGACACGGCGGAGGGCGACGAGGGCCCUGUCCUGGUCGAUUCGACAACGAACUCUGUUGAGAAAUCGGAGGAAAAGGACAAAAGUUCGCAGAUCGUCGAGUCGAUCGUGAAGGACAAGAGUGAUGAGAAAGACGAAACACGCGAGGAUGAACACAUGAUAAACGAAAGAGAAGAGACGGUCGACAGUGCACCGUCCGUGCCGCAAUUGAUCCCUCCCGCAAAGUCCGAAUCUUCCACUAUCACCGAGAACGAAGAGUCAGCCGACAGCGUUGCAUCUAACCGGUACAAGACAGCGAUGAAAGACGCGGAACAUGAAUCUAGCAUCUCUGAUUCCAUCGUGGAGAAGACGAACACGAAAAAGUCGGAUAUCGAAUUCGAGCAGAUCUCGAAUGACGCGAUUGAUUUGAAACAAAAAAGGGUGGAAAACAGCACAGUCGUUAUAGAGGAAGAGAAAAGUAAUCCCGCGACCAAGCCACCCUCGUUCGACAGUAUUACAGAUAACGAGCAAAGCAAUUCUAUUCCAGCUGAAUCUAUCGUAGCAAACGAGAGAUCGAAAGAAUUCAACGAAGCGUUAUCCGUCGAGCAAAAAUCCGGUCCGGAACGCAUGUCGACCUCUACCUCCUUACUCAACAUAGCAACAGGAAAAAGCGGGGAAACUGGCAAGAAGCUCGCACGCUCCAAACGCGGCGCCGGCUUAACGCCGAUCCGGCGAAGCACGAGAGCCUCCGGUGAAAAGUCUAGUAAAGUAAAUGAAAAUGACUCGACGAGCAACAGCGAGCAUUCUUCACGAGAGCCGAGCGUUCUUUACGAGAGCGAUAUAAUAACGCGUAGCAGAAGCAAAUCUCCUAUGUCGACGACGCGCGAAAAAGUUGCAAACGUCAGGAAAAACCGCGUCACGCAGAAAGGAAAAAUGGCGGGUAACCGAAGGAUCGGCGCUGAAGCUGACACGAAGAUCGCAGAUCUAGUCACACGUCUCGAAAUGGUGGCAGAAUCCGCAAUUUCGAACAAGAUUGCAAGGAAAAGGAAACAGCACACGGAAUGGCAAAUGAGGAACUGCAAAGUGAGAUUAGUCGACUGUAAGGAUGCACUUCUUAAGUACGUUGAUCCCAAGGAUCUGGACAGUCUUGGAAUAAUUACCGUCAAUCCCUACGCACCAAGUGACUCGUCCUGUAUGCAGCCUAUCAUAUGUAAUCAAGAUACAGCGGUAAUUCCUACUGUAGGUUCGAGUAAAAGUUUAUCUUCCUCGCCGGACAAAUCCUGCGAUAAGGACAAAAUCGAGGUUGAAGUCCUGGAAGAAAAGUCCAUCAAGGAAAGUAGUAGUAAUGACAAAGAUCUCGUUCAAGAAUCUGUUUCACAUUCAGCAGAGGUCUAUGGAUCGACUCAGGAGGAAUCUGGGAGGAUGCAGUAUACGGUUCACAAAGGUCCUAUUUUAGACAUUAAGGUUUUUGGGAAUUCUUUCCUAGCAGCAAGCGAAGACAGUAAAAUAUACAGAUAUAGUCAGAUGUCUAAUGGAAUAUUGAAUAUCUACAAGGGUCACAAAUCCGCGGUUACGUGUUUAUAUAUCUAUAAGUCUGAUAUUACCGGAGUUAACAAAGAGCUCAUGUAUUCUGGCUCCUUAGAUGGCACCUUGCGUUGUUACGAUAUAAUGACUGGCGCGAUGGUAAUGGAUCCGGCAGUAGUGAACAGUCCGAUUCAGUGCAUGGAUCAAUCGUGGGGGAUGAUCUUUAUUGGAACUAAAUCUGGUUGUGUCUCGCGUUUCCAUAUCAAAUCUGGUGUUAUUAAGGGAGAGAGUAUCCAGUUUUCGGAUAAAUCUGUGCUUGCUCUUAAAGCAACGAAUGAAGGCCCGCGCAGAAUUCUCAUUGUAGCAUCUCGAAAUCAACCGAUAUCUAUACGCGAUGCACAGACUGGUUUGUUUCUCCGUACGAUUAGCGGCCAGAAGAAUCUUACGGUUUACAGUUUAUUGCGUCAUAAUAAUUUGAUCUAUUGUGGUACAAAAAGCACAUCCAUAAAUGUUUUCGAUUUCACGACGGGUGAACAAACAAUUCAAUAUGAUGCAGGCAUGGGUAUUGUAUGUAUGCGGCUUUAUAAACAAUUGCUCUUCGCAGGCUGUUACAACGGUUAUAUUUACGUUUUUGAUACAAACACUCGCAGAUUAAUAUGUAGCAUACGUGGUCCAGGGAAUAUGUUAUUAAGUAUAGAGGUUGUAAAUACUAAAAUUAUAGCUGGAAGUAAAGACAAGCAUUUGCAUAUGUGGCAAAUGCCAACUCAAGUGCGUGCCUUACUUUGAACAAUGAACGCAAAAAACUUGAAGGGCCUGUCUAGCACGCUCAGAAAUUCUUUAUUUCAAAAAUAAUUGGAAAAGCGAUUGAUAAAUUAACAGCCAAAUAAUGCAAUUAAUAGCCAAAUAAUACUAUUAUAUACAUGUGUAAAGCAAGAAACCUAUAAUCCGAAAUUGACUUGAUAAUAUAUACUUAUAUAUUUUCUAACUUUUUCACUAUAAAUAGCAUCAUGUCAUCAUUACAUUUUCCGUGUGCGCAAAUCACUUUUAUUUAUAUCAUAUUUAAUAUAUGCUUGCUAAAGAACGCAAGCUGAUAAAUAAAUAAUUAUUUAUAAUUACAGUACCAGUUGCAUACUGUGAAAGGGUACGUAAAACUAUUUAUAGUGAGAAAGCAUUGAUACCAAAAUUAAUCGUUAUGCAUCAUAUAAAAGAUAACAUAUCUGUAAUAUGUGUAAAGUGUAUAUUUGUAAAGAUUUUAGACUGCAAAUUAAUGCAAUAAUGGAAAUUAUUUUAUGCAUGCUUUGCACAUAUGAAAGGAUUAAGAAAGUUUUCGUAACUUUUUAAUUAGCCAAAACAUGUAACAUUUAAUAUACGCGUGAAAAAGCAAAUUUUAUGUCAACACAUGUCAAACUGUUUAAAAAUUGAGACUGGUAUACACAUGGUAGAGAAUACAUGCAGAAUACAUUUAACGGUUUAUAUAAAACUCUUUGUUAAACAAUA